CUUUAAUAACCAACAAAGAGAUAGGGGACCAUUGAUACACCCCGUCGGAACUGCCGCCCAAGCUUCCCUGACAACACCCAUCCUUUCCUUCGGGACAGAGCACUUAAUGAUAUAGCAGGGGGGUGAAUAUUCCUAUACUAGCUAGCCAGGCACAGAACCUCCCCCUAAAAUUAUAUCCUACCAGCAGUAUACCCUGCGCACACCUCACCCUAAGAAGCAGCUACCCCGGUGCUACCAACAGGAGUAGUAGUAGGAAAGGGGGCGCGAGAAGAAAAUAAAUGCAACAGAGGAAAAGAAGAAGAACACAAAACAGAGACACCUUCUAGCAUAACCCCCAAUCUGUGCAACGUAUCUCUUCCACCUUGCUCUUAACAGGACAAUGGUGCAGAUAACAUUCCUCAUCCAGCUGCUAUUGGCCUGCAGUUCCAUGCUGCAUGUGUCCCUUGCUUUAGAAGUUGGAGCUCCCAUCAAAACCACUAGCGGCAUAGCCACGAGGCGUCCUGCAAGAAACAGGUCAGAUGUUUCGGAGUACUUAGGCAUUCGAUAUGCCCAUCCUGCAACUGGCAAGCGUCGAUUCCAACCACCACUAGCCUUUCGUUCAGAUAAGGCUGUCGACGCUUUCGAGUACUCCCCCGCGUGCCCGUUCACACCAUCUCCGCUCCUAGCAUAUCCCAACAAGAGCGCCACCUUCGAUAGCAUCUAUGGAAGGUUCCUUGGGAGAGGAAAGAAGACCUUCUCGGAGGAUUGUCUCUCUUUGAAUAUUUGGACCAAGGGACCAAACCCAGCCAAGCUGAAGCCAGUACUAUUUUUUAUCCACGGAGGGCGGUUUGCCACCGGUACUGCAAAGAUUACGCACUAUGAGGGCCAAUAUAUCGCUGACACCGGCGAAGUCGUUAUGGUAUCGAUCAAUUACCGCUUGCACGUUCUUGGAUUUUCUGGGGCUCCUGGACUGACACAAAACACCGGCAUCCUUGAUCAACGCAUGGCACUCGAAUGGGUCCGAGACAACAUCAAAGCCUUCGGUGGAGAUCCGAAACGAAUCAUGCUAUACGGGCAGUUAGUUGGAGGUCUAUCUGCCGACUACCACGCUUACGCAUGGCCAGAUGAUCCAAUCGCGUCAAGUAUCUUCUCGGUGUCAGGUACUGCUGCUAGCGUCCAAGCUCAAACCCUCGAUCUUAGCAGCCAAUACUGUUACAAUCUGUCCAAGAUCGUGGGUUGCCCGGCAGCUGGAAAUGCCGUCCCAUGCAUGCAGAAGCAGCCAUGGCAGACGCUUCUUGCAGGCAUUGGAAAGCUAUCAUACGCACCGACCCUCGCAGCAGUUCAACCUCAGUUCCAGGAAACUGCCGAUGAAGUGACUGUUUUUUCGGACUACGCCGACCGUGGUCACGCUGGCAAGUUUGCUAAAGUGCCAUACCUCGUUGGCAACACCGACUACGAGGCUGGCUUCUACAAGCUUGCAGCCUUUGCAACUAAGCGCAGCCUCACAGAAAAGCAAUGGGAUAUAUUCAAUCUCCAAGGCUUCACCUGCGCCAGCCGCAUCGCCGCCGAAAAUAGACAUCACAACGGGAUAACUACGUAUCGCUAUCGCUACUUUGGUGACUGGUCGAACCUUCGAUUAUAUCCUGACAGUGGCGCGUACCACGUAGCCGACCUCAGUAUGUGGCACGGCGUGGGCCAAGACGUCAGUGAGGAGCCGAAUACAGAGACCGAGGACAAGACAAGCUCCUACAUGAUGAAAGCCAUGAUUGCGUUUGCCACGGAUCCCGAAGACGGCCUGAGUAAGAUGGGGUGGCCGAAGUACGCAGAUCCGUCAAGUGAUCAGUUGGUACAGGAGCUUUAUUCUAAAAGUCCCCUUUUGCUCAGCUCGUUGUCUGAAUCUUCCCCGAAAACUUUAGUGAGAUUGGGAUUUAACAAUGAGACGGAAGCAAGCUUUUCUUCGCCUUAUGUGCACGAUCUGCCCUGCCUAGCUUUCAAUGGAGACACAAAGUAUGCCCAGGGAGCUAUGUAAGCAUAGCAUAGCUCAGGCUGUUGAUAUGUUAGGCUUUAUUUGGAAGAUUACAUGCCUGAUUAAUAUUGCUGUCAGUACCUAAGAUAGUGGCGCAUAGUUAUCAGAACAUCAUGACACAAGAUCAAACUUAGACAACCGAGUUGUAGAAAGACGUGAACAGAAUUUAGGAUUACGAACCGGAACACAAUGGAUUAGAG